CGCAGUGCCAAUCCUAUGGUCUCUGACCUAACCCUCAACGGAUCAGCGAUGCUACGCAAUGGCUCGCGAGGACUAUCGCGAUGAUCUGAGGCUAUUUGAAGCUCGACACAAAGCUCUAUUGGACCUCUAUGUGCUCAUUGAAAGCACUGUCGACGCAACCAACUACCGUAUCAUCAGAGACAAAGAGACCAUCUACAGCAGGCUAAAAGCCUUGAAGGCAAUCUUUGAGCCUUCCGACAAGCAGCUCAAACAGAGCGCGCGAAUUGCAUACGACCGCGCUAGGAAGUGGUCAUCAAAAAAGGAUCAGGACACAUGGUUUACAGUGUAGAGGAACGCCUAUCUUGACGCCAGAUCAGCCC